AUGGAACCAACAGUCAAUUGUGAUCCGCCGGGUGCCGGUUGCCAAUGCCGCAUCCGGGAGGCGGCGGAGUUCCUGGUGGGAAUACGGACAACCGAGUUAUCAGCCAUCUUCUUUUCCACGUUUGAAAAUGUACGAGGAACGGUGAUAGCUCAUCAGUACCCUCCAAAUUAUGUUUCUCCGGCGCAGUUUCGAGAAAUCAGUAAUGCUGUACUCCCGCGUGCUGAACUGGCUUUCCGCCUUAUAACAGUGGAGGCUUUUCAACACUAUGUGAUAGGUUGUCCGCAGCGUAUCGAGGGGGACCAGUAUCAGCGUAAUACGUUACAGUUCAACAUAUGUCUGGUUCUUAAGCCCAAACCAUGUAGCAAUGUGGAUGACGUUACUCGUUGGCGGUUCUGGACUUCGGAGAGUGCUGGUGGUCUGCGUUUGCCUAUCCAAGCGGCGUAUGAGGCACUUGCUUUGAAAAUAAAUCGCUAUUUUUACGCCGUCGAACAAGAAUGUGCAUUCCUCUCCGGUCGAAUGGAACGGAAUUGUGGAGAAGAUGUCGAGCUUCCUUGUUUAGACUCGAUUUUCCAGCAGCUGCAUUCAGAUGGCACGUGUGUUUUGGACAUUGAAAAUUGUGGAUCUCUUUACCUGAGGCUGAGUCCGGAACAGUCCGAUUCCGUAAGCAACCGUUUACUACUGGAGCCUGAGGAGUUGACCCCAUUGAGUACAUCAAAUUCUGUCGCACUACACAUGUAUGAGAACGAGGCAGAGCUCAUCAGGCGGCGAUCUUCUGCUGCUUGGGUCGCCUCACAAACGUCCCCCCAACCGGAAUGGGAAGUUGCCGACGAAAAUGUAUUUGUCCUGGUCGCGCCCCCGACUCCGAGGGAACCUGGGCAAUUGGGACCGAUAAAGCUCAGGUGGGAGCCAAUUGACUUUGUCAGUCGUCGGAUUCUGCCAUAUCUGGAUGGUUGUCACUGUCUACCAGAACUUGCACAACUGGCCAAGGUUGAUGUGACGAUCGCUCGUCUCUGUCUGAUUCACCUAGUCCGUGCAGGUGUAGUCCGAUCGCUUCCAGCGCCAACUUUUCUCUUGAAUUCACCGCCCUUAUCGUCUACUUGUACCCAUGCGAUAACCAUGCCUGGAUGGCUGGGACUGCCGAGGCUAACAAGUCUGCUAACAGAUCAUGAGCUGGCGUCUGCCUGUCUCGAGGCUGUGCACUGUCAUCCACCGAGCUCUACUGACAACAAAGACGUCCGUUGUUCUGUCGUUGAUGUGUUUCGUGUAUAUGCAAUGUUGUGCGGUUCUCCGAAUUUCAGCCUCCCCCAUUUAGUCUCAGCGAAUCCACACCUACUCUUUGUGGAUGCAACUAGUGUGCGAGAACGACUUUCUUCAUUUGCUCCCAUGGACUUCGAGAAAUCUGCCGAACGUCCCCAACUAAGCUUGCUGCGCUUGGUUCAGUUCGGAGAAGUCAAUGGUCUAAUACACCGCCUGCAAUGCUAUCCAAUCAGUGACCAGGUUACUGGAUCCAAAUCUGAUUCUGAUGCAGUUAACUCCUCACUGAACGACACACAUCAGGUGGAUGCCUCAGCUUUUCGGACCCCUAAACAACCGUCGCACCUGGUCCUAUCACCGAUACAGUCCAGUUCCAGUAAACGAGUGGGUUUAUCAUGGACAACCACGGAUGAGCAACUGUGGGUCAAAGCCCGAUCCUCCAUAAUGGAUGGAUUGCAUAGCACUGGAGCGAUCGAAUGCUUGCUGCAUUCUGAACCUUCGUCAAAUGUCAUGGCAGCAACGGUACAUCUCACCAGUAAGUUGCUUUGUGGACUUCACCCAGACACGUCAACCGAACAACCACUCACCAUCCCCGAUCCAGUUCCUGGGCCAAACAGGCAACCCAGGACAAAUUCAGUCAACUUGCCUAUACCAAGCGAUCAGCGCCUAAUCUCCACUCCGCUGUCCAAAACAGAACAAAACCUUCGUCGCUUGCCUCAUCACGGUCGCCAUGACUCCAUGCGAUCAGUUGAAGAGACGAUCCGCCGAAAAUCUGAACUGAGCACUCGUAAUUCAAAUUCUCCUAACGAGUUUAUUGCCUCUGUCCCAGACCUCUAUUUACUGUGGAGAUGAAUUAUUUCUUUUUGGUCGUUCGAAAUGUACUUCCCAUUUUUAUAUCGAAAAUCACAAUCAACUGGGC